CUCUCUCCCUCUCCCUCCCCUCUCUCCAUCCCCCCCCUCUCCAUCCCUCCUCUCUCUCCAUCCCUCCUCUCUCUCCUCCCUCCUCUCUCUCUCUCCAUCCCUCCUCUCUCUCCAUCCCUCCUCUCUCUCCAUCCCUCCUCUCUCUCCAUCCCUCCUCCCCUUUCUCUCUCCACCUCCUCUUUCUCCCCUCACCGCCGUUGUAUGUCCGUAGUCUCUGGUCAUCUCCUGUACUGUGUCCGCAGUCUCUGGUCAUCUCCUGUACUGUGUCCGCAGUCUCUGGUCAUCUCCUGUACUGUGUCUGCAGUCUCUGGUCAUCUCCUGUACUGUGUCUGCAGU